CAGGCGGAGCUCAGCACCUUAUGUCCUGCUUAUAAGCCCUCCAGCUGUUCUUCAUCUGCUAAUUUCCAGCAGGACCAAUCGCUUCGUCUGCACCCUGUGAGUAAGAGAGGAAAAUCCUCGGGGCAACAUGGAUGAUGACUUUGACCGCCGCAUGGAGCUGAGGAGGCAGAGGAGAGAGCAGAUGCGUCAGGAUGCAGAGAGGGGCGUUUCCACAAACGAUGACGAUGAGGAGGAGGCUCGAGAGCAAAGGCGACGUGCCAGGGAAGAAAGGAAGAAAAUGAGAGACUCGGACGAGUCUGAAACGACGGACACGGCCAACAGUAACAGCGCGAUGGAGACCGAAUCGUCUACGACUGUUCCUGGAGGAGCGGAGGAUGACCAGGUUCUGCUGGAGCGCCUGGCCAAGAGGGAGGAGCGCAGGCAGAAGAGGAUGAUGGAGGCGAUGGAGAGGCAGAAGGAGCUCGACCCCUCCAUCAUCUCCACCAACGGCACGGACGGCAGCCUGCAGGAGCAGUCCCCCGUUAGCAACGGCAGUAAACAUACAGAGGAGGAAGAGGAGAAAACAGAGGAGAGGUCUGCUCAGGAGGAAGUCACAAAUACUGAAACAAACUCAUGGGGGAAGGAGGAGGGAGAAGAAAAGAAAGAGGAACAGGAGACUGAGGAGAAAACGGCAACGACCGAAGUUGAGCAAGAGGACCCUGAUUCAACGACGAACCACAGAAAGGAGGAAGCUGGUCCAGACCAAAACAAGGAGGAGGAAGAAAGGAUGAUGAGAGAAGAGGAAGAAAGACAGCACGAAGAAGAAAGAAAGCUGAGGAUGGAGGAGGAAGAGAGGCAGAAAAAGGAACUCGAGGAAAAAGCAAAGAUGGAAGAGGAAGAAAGAAAACUAAAGGAAGAAGAGAGGAAAAGGGAAGAGGAGGAACAGCAACAGAGAGAGAUGGAAGAGAGGCUCAAGAAAGAGGAGGAAGAAAAAGUGAAAAAUGAAGAGGAGGGAAAAGAGAGAAGGGAGAUUGAGGAAAGACAGAAGAAAGAGGAGGAGGAGAAACAAAAGCGGGAAGAGGAGGAAAAGCACAGAAAAGAGAUGGAGGAGAAGGCAAGGAAAGAAGAAGAAGAAGAAGAAAAACAGAGGCAGGAAGUUGAGGAUAAAAAGAGAAAGGAGGAAGCCGAGAAGCAAAGGAAGAUAGAGCAGGAGGAGAAGAAGAAGACAAAAAAGAAAGAGCAGGACGAGAAGCGGAAAAAGGAGGUGGAAGAGAAGAAGAAAAAGGAGGAGGAGGAUAAACGUAAAAAGAGAGAGGCUGAAGAGAAGAAGAAGAAGGAGGAGGAGGAGAAACCUAAGAAACUUGGCUUUAAGGAGAAGAAUGAACCUACCAAACAGAAUGGAGCCAUCUUUGAGAAUAAACUGAAGAAAACAGAAAAAACAACAAGGGACGGCGUUCCUUCCAGCAAGGCGGAGGACGCCGAGCGACGGGAGGCCGAGCGCAAGCUGCUGGAGCUGAAACAGCGGCGGAACAACGCCGAGAGCCAGGAGAUCGAGAAGAUGAAGCAGAAGCAGCAGGAUGCGGAGGCUGAGCUGGAGGAGCUCAAGAGGAAGAGGGAGGAGAGGAGGAAAAUCCUAGAGGAAGAGGAGCAGCAGAGGAAGAAGGACCAGGAGGAAAAGAAAGCCAAAGAGCAGGAGGAGAGAAAGAGGAUGAAGGAGGAGAUAGAGAGAAGAAGAGCAGAGGCUGCAGAGAAGAAGAAACAAAUGGGGGAGGAAGCAGCAAAACCUGAUUUCACCAUCAGUCCAAAAGGCUCCUCUAAGAUUGGGGAAAAGGCAGAGUUUCUGACCAAGUCUGCUCAGAAAAGCCCAGCGAGGGUGUCACAUACUCCGCUUGUGCCAAAGAUUGGGAACAGAUUGGAACAGUUUACGUCCGCUAUGCAGGGAAACAAAGAAGUAAAAUCCCCCAAGUCUCCUUUGGCCGACAUCCCCACGGGAGGCACGCGCAACAUCAAGAGCAUGUGGGAGAAAGGUGCCGUGAGCAGCCCCCCCCCUGAAAGUCCGGCUCCAGCAAACAAGGAUGUGGCUGGUAUCAAAGGAAGUGUGGCCGGACGCGGCAACAGCUGGAAGGGAAAGCCUGCAGAAGCAGAGAAGACCCCAGCUCCAGCUCCAGCUCCAGCAGCAGCACCAUCACCACCAGCAGCUGCAAAGCCACCAGAGGCAAAACCAGGUGAAGUUGGUAAACGCAGCAUGUGGGAAGCCAAGAGAGCCUCAGCACCAGCCAAGGUGGCAGUUGGAGGGAAAAGCAAGUUCAAUUAGAAAGACCCAAACGGCUUAAAAGGUAAAAUAAAAUAAAAACUAAAAACAACCGACGACUUCAUGGUCAAGCUGUUUCCUGACUGAAAAGGUUUCUGCUCUCCUCCGGGCUCCUUUGCCCUUCACCACACUUCUCAUUCCUACCAGAAAGGGAGCCGACGUUCCACGCUGCCAGUCAUCUGCACCAGCUAACAUCUGCUCGAGUAAUUCUGCACUGAUGCAUACUUGAUCACUUUCAACCCCAAUCAAGGAGACGUUGAUGCGAUUACGCCUAGUUUCGGCUACCUAGAUGACUACCGUGAGGACUCGUGAUCUGUUAACCAGCUGUAAUAUGACACACAAAUGUGACAAAAACAUUUAAUAACGAAAGAGUUAUGCUUUUACAAUUAUAGUGAUCUUUAAAUACCAAUAUCGGAAGUUGUUCUUUGCGAUGCAUGCCCCAAGGAACAAGUGAACUAAGCAAUUUCUUAGAGCCUCCAAACCAACAGGGGGCGCCCAACAGCACUGCAACUUUCACACAAAGUCUGGUUUACACAUCAUUCUUUUUUAUUUUAUUUUUUUUCUUUCUUUUUGUGUGGGGUAAAUAUGUUGUAAUUGUAUAACACAAACCUUGUUAUCCUCUAUAUUCAAACUUUAGAUCAGUGUAGUAUGACGAAGAAAAUAUUUUGUACUUAAAUGUUUAAAGGCAGCCAAGCUGUUUCAUGCUUCUCAUUUCUAUGCAAAAGUAAGGACUAACAACUUAAAUCAAUGUGAGUAUCAGGGAAAGCAUUUCGUCUUUGUUUUUGUUUUUUUAAGUUAAAGUACAUUCUCCUACAUCAUGUCCACCAUCUUUUCAGACAGUAGACAUUUCUAACUCUAGAUGUCAAAACAAAAGAAUACAAAAAUAUUCUGAUAUUUAAAAAAAAAAAAAACUUUAGUGACAUCACUGUGAACAAAAGCAAAUGAAUAUGAAUUGAAGGAACAUAUUUGUGUAGCAAAUAAUCUGCUACACAAUAGUAGCAUAAUAUAAUGGUUAAUAUCAUGGAUAUUAUUAUUAUGGAUAUUAACCAGGAUGGUUAAUAUCCAUAAUGGUUUGAACAUGGAAAUAUUCUGUAAAGAUAUAUGGUAAGAUGUGGUUGUUUGAAGGCCCCCAGUCAAAAUUAGCUAGAGGCCCUAUGUAUCCGUGGACCGGCUCUGCCUUAAAAUGUUUCUACUUUCAGCUUCUUGAAAAUGUACACAAAAUGGCAAUAAAUAAGUACAUUUUUAAAAGCAAUUCAAAUUAGAACCUCACAUAUUUCUGUUUCUUACUAGUAAAUUAGUUUAAUCAUUUUUUUAGUUCUUCUUUAGGGUUAAUAUAACACUUUAGAAAGUCCUGGGAUUGAAAAUAUAUUUUAUGUCAUGUCAAUUUGUUUUAGAUUAUAUUGCUAGUGAUGUUAUGAUUAGACAUGGGCCUGUAUGAACUUCUCACUGUAUGGCCUUGAGUAGAACGAUAAAAAAAAAAAAUGUAAAAAAAAUGUUAACGUCAUCCAAAGCAGAAACGUACAAAUUAUACCUACUACUGCUGUAAUGUAACAUAUUGUUUAUUACAGUUAUGUCUAUGUAACAUUUAUCAUUUUGAAUGAAUUUGAAUUAUUAGUAUUUUUAUUGCACAAACAACACCUACAUUUAGUUGUAGUUAUCCUUAUUUUCUUUUCUGUCCUUUGCAGAGUAAGAACCUUGUUAAUUAGUCAGGCUAUCUGCUCUGCCGGUCGGCUUCUUGAUAGAUAUUACUGUGUUCUUUGCACAUGGGAAUAUUUUCAGAUGUUCAAACUAGCCUUUCAUAUAAGCAAAAGUAAAGAGUAGCUGCCUCCUUCCUUCCAGCAGUGUGUAGAAAGAGGCGUGGCGUUGCUUCAUGCUUCAACUACAUGCUCCUCACAGCAGGGAAAAAAAAACCUCUGGGCACAUUGACGACGCUUCCUCUGGCACCUCAUUAAAAAGACAUUAACAGCGUGAAACAGGAUGAUGAAUGAUGAAACCGUAGGUUUUUAAAACCUCGACAUACCUUCAUAUCAGAAACAGACCCGUGCCUAAUUAUGAUUUAUGCAAUCCUUGUUGUCAUCAUCACAGAAGGUAACAUCAGCGUAACUAUUUUGACUUGAUCAUGACUCUGUUUCUGGAGACAGCACCUGUCAACCGGACAUUGAGAGAAAAGCCUGUAUAUAGUGCCAGUGUUUUACUAAGUUGUUAGUAACUAUGACUGAGAUGCUUUAUAGAUCGGUGAGUGGCCGUCAGCUUAAAGAGUUAUAGAGCUUCUAAGGAUUCGAAAUCUGUAUGCAUCACUUAGUUUGUCUACCAGAGAAUGUGUUGACCUUUAACACAUCAGUUUCUGCUGCAGAACUGAUCAGUUUUUCUAUCGAGCUUCAAAUUGCUCUCACUUUAUCAAAUGGGCCGCUGGGAUUAUUGUUUUUUUCAAGGUUUUCUUUGCUGCCAUUCUCACAUGCCACCUUAUUUUGUGCUGCAAUUCAGUCUGUGAUACGUUGGAUCAACAAGUUAAUGAUCUGCACCUGUAACCACCUUCUUCUUUGUUUUCGUUUUGCACCUUGCCUAAAUGUUGUUGC